AAAUUUCUCAGUGGACCUUUCUCUCCAAGUCUCAAAGAUGACGGCCGCUUUGAGCCGCCCACCCACUGUCUUCGGCUCCCCUCUUUCUCUUCCCAAACCAUUGCCUACUCUUCCUCUUCCUCUUCCCAACCCAUCGCCGUCCCCGUCCGGCCGUCCUUCACAAACCAUCUUUCUCCUCUCCAUCAAGUGAAGUCCUAUCCCUCCCCUUCCCUCUUCCUUCCUUCCCCCGCCUCCCUUCCUCCCCCAGUUCACAUCACCUUUGCUUUGCUUUGCUUUGCCUUGCUUUCGUGCCGCCCUUCAACGCAAGAAGCCAACAAGCACAAGCAAGCCUCCAGUAUCAGCAAGACAAGAACGUCGCGAGAGAAACCGUUGAUCCCAACAAGCCAAGGAGAAAUCCGGCUGAGGAUUAAGCUGCGAGAAGCGAAGAAACACAGGAACUCGCCGCCCCCGUCGCUGAAGAAGAAAGCAGCAGCCACCAGCCAUGGUGCGGAGCAAGGAGGCGCCGAAAAAGAAGCCCAAGGACCCGCUCCUGACGCCCCCGUCCAAGCCCAGGGGCGGCUUCCUGGACGAGGGCUGCCCGUGGAACCGCGGCGGCGCGGCCAUGUCCCCGGCGCCGGCGUCGGUGCCCAGCUACAUGCGGGGCACCAGCAGCUCUGACGCCAAGGCCGAGCGCCGUGGGCGGCCUGCGGCGACCGUUUCGGCGUCGGCGUCCCCCGCGAGGUGGAGGCCCGCGGCGUCGGUGUCAGCGUCCGCGUCGCCCGCGCCGCGGCGGAGGCCCGCGGUGCGGGUGCUGACCAAGGGGAAGGUUUUGUUCGCGGAGGAGGAACCUUGCUCUGGCUCCGGCAUGGGCCGCGCCACGUGCUCCUCAACCAUGAAGGACACCAAGUUCCCCGAAGCGCUCGACCUCGCACCGGGCUCCACCGACGCCGAGGGCCCCGCGGCGCUGCGGGUGUGCCCCUACACCUACUGCUCCCUCAACGGUCACGUCCAUGCGCCGGCGGUGCCGCUCCGGAGCUUCCUCGCGUCGCGCCGCCGGCUCAUCAAGACGCAGCAGAGCAUGAAGCUCAAGGGCGUCUCGGCCUUCCGCAAGAAAUCCGAGGAGAGGACCAGCGGCGGAAGUGGCAGUGGUGGAGGUGCAAAGAUCGCGCCUUUGAUCGACGAGGAGGCGGUCGGCGACUUCUUCGUCGAGGUGUACGGCGGCCCGAGGGUGAGCUCGGACAUGAGCUGCAGCGACAUGUCUCUCGACGAGAUGGAUGCCACGGUGCGGAGGAUGGAGUUCGUCGUGUUCGAUCGGUGCGGCGCGGACGAGGACGGUGAGAAGGGCAAGGAUCUUGCGGUUUGCGAUGAUGGUGAACCUGAGCCUCGCCCGGUGUUGCAACAGAAGCAUGGUGCCUUCGGGGACAGCUUGUCGGAGUGCAGUGGGGUACACAUCGACAACGAUUUCGUCGAGGAGUUGCCAUGGUUGAAGUACCAUGGAUACGAGUAUGAUGAUAGCUUGGACGAUGAGAUCUUGGAAGAACAGAGAAUUGGGGAACAGGAGGUUGUUGGAGCAGAGUUUUCUGUGGAGCAAGAAGCAGAGCAAGGAACGUCCGGUAGAUCCUCUGAUGAAUACAAAGAGGAUGCUGCUGAUGAGGAGAAUACAACGAAUUUGGUCCGUGACCAGGAGAUCCUCUCAGAUCAAGGUGUUGCUUGCAGAGUGGAGGCAUGCGAGGAGCUGGGUGGAAGAGAUGAAGACAACAUCCUGGAGGCGUCUGCUGGACAAGGGAAGGCAGAAGAGAAGCUCUCUGAUGAUAUCUACAAAUCUGAGAUACCUGAUCAAGAAAUAACAGCAAGGACAUGUGCUACUCUGGAAGGUAGCUUCGAAGAGGAUAUUUCAUCGGACCAAGAGGCAAAUGAUGAUGAUGAAGAUGAGUGCCAUGUGAAAUCUGAUGGCGAAUCAGAGGACACUGAGGAGCAAGAUCUGGAGGAUCAACAGAGCAUGCCAGAUGAUGUCUCUAAAAUGGAGAUUUCUGAGGACACUAUCUCUGGUGAUGGAUGCAAAGAGGAUUUUUCUGAGGAAGUAACCUCGGCAGCUGUGUUAGCAGAUGAUGUGUUUGAACAAUAUGAGAAGACUGUGGAUGAUGUGCAUGAACAAGAUAGCAGCCCUGCUAAGGCUCAAAUGGAAUUGGGUAAUCCAACAAGCAAAAAGGAAGACACUUCUGAAGAAACUGCUAUUUUGCAACAAAUCAAUCAAGACAGCAAUGUGGAUACUCAAAGGGAAUUGGAGAUUAGGGCAUCCAUAUUGGAAGAAUCUGGUAUUGCUCAGCAAAGCAACCUUGAUGGUGAUAAAAUGGAACCAGAGAUUAUUGUGUGCAAGCUGGAAGAUGUUUCUGAAGAAUCUGGUGCCUGCACUGAAAGCAACCUACAUGAUAAUACAGAGUAUGUUAUAGACGAUGCUGAAAUGAGACAAGAAAUUACUUUAUGCAAGCGGGAAGAUGCUUCUAAAGAAACUGGAAUUGAUCAAGAAACCUUAGAAGAUGAUAGCUCAACAUGUGGUAUUGUUGAUGACAGAAACAAUCUGGAGAUCAAUAACUGCAAAUCGGAAGAUGUUUCCAUAGAAUCUGUUGGCACUCAGGAAGCUGAUCAUAAUGAUAACUUUGCAAAUUUCAGUAAUGAUGUUCAAGGGACUGCAGAAGAUCAUGACUCACAUCUCAUUGAUGAUGCUCAAAAUGAUAUCCAAAUCCCUGGAGGCAAAUCAGAAGACACUUGCAAAGAAUUUGAUACCAUGAAAGAAACUGAUCAGAGUGAUAGCUCUGCAAAUGUCAGAUAUGAUGCUGAAGAAACUGUAGAAGAUGAUGAUUCUGUGUGUGUCAGUGAUGAUGCUCAAAAUGAUCUGAAGAAUACCAAGUGCAAAUUGGAAGAUGCUUCCAAAGAAUCUUCUACUGCUCGCGAAGCUGAGCGGAGUGAUAGUUCUGCAAAUGUCAUUGCUGAUUCUCAAAAUGGAUCUGAACUUACCACAAAUGAGUUGGCAGUCAUUACGAUCAGUAACGACAAGGAAAAUGAAUCCAUGCUUUUCACAUGCAACUCAGAAGAUGGUUUCAAAGAAUCUAUUAUUGGUCAACAAGCUGACCAUGAUGAUAGCUCUGCAUAUAUCAGUUAUGAUGAUCAAAAUGAAUGUGAAGUUACUGCAUGUCAUUCAGAAGGUGCUCAAGGGGAAUCAAAUGUAGUUCAAGAAGGUGAGGAUAAAACUGCAGGCGCUGAAAAUAAAUUGGAAUUUACAGCAUAUGAAUCAGUAGAUGCUUCUUUAAAACCUGCUAUGCCUCAAGAGGUUGCUGGAGAUAUUAAUAUCACAGAUGCAACCAAAGACAUUCGUGUUACUGAAGAAACUAAUGAAUCAUUCAAUGCGCAAAUGCCAGCAGAAUGUACGGAUGCAAAAGAACCUUCUAUUGAUGACAUAUGUGGCGCGUUCAGCGGAAUGAACCUCAAGGGUGAUGUAUAUUUUGAUCCUGCUGAGUCUGCCACAUGCCCGAGGAACAAGUUGAUCAUCUCCAGGAGGAGAAGAACACCUGAAGAGGAGGAAUACUUGCGAGGUUUCAAUCCACGGGCACCGAAUUUUCUUCCUCUGGAACUGGAUCCAGACGCAGAGAAGGUUGACCUCAAGCAUCAAAUGAUGGGUGAGCGGAAGAAUGCUGAAGAAUGGAUGAUUGAUUACGCGCUUAGGAGGGCGGUGACAAACUUAGCUCCUGCUCGGAAGAAGAAAGUGGAGCUCCUUGUCCAGGCCUUCGAGACUGUCCUACCACAUGACGAAGAUGACAAGAAAAAUGUCUCACCCUCAAGGCCUGUCCAAGCCUGCAACUGAUAACAUUAGAGUUAGUGGUUACACUGAUGUUGAUGUCGACGCGCAAGCUACUAACUCGGAGGUUGCUGCAAUAUUAUCGCGAGUGACCUGCUCCAAGUUUGAAUGAGAGAGCGCUACUUACUAAUUUGCUAGAGGUAACUAGAGAAUUAGAGAUCUCUAGCUGAGCUGUGACAGAGGAGCUCACUCCUGCUCCACAAGGAAGGAUAACUACUCAUUAGUCAUUACUGAUCAAGGUAUCCCUAUCCAGUUGCUGAGUUGCAAAGAGGAUGCUCCCGGCUUGAGUUAUGUAAUUUAAAAGUGUGUAUACAUGUCUCGUGUGCUAAUGUUGUCUGAUAUUGUGCUGGUGGAUCUGUGAGGAUUGGAAAAUGUCAAUGGUGAUGAGGUCCAUGCUCCUUUGGCAAAGAUCAAUAAAACUCUUCUUGAGUGCUCAA